AUGGAGGAAGAUCGAGGGCCAAUUUAUCAGUGGCUUUCUACAGUGCAAGAACAGGAUCGACGUGGCCAUCGGAAUACAGCUGAGAAGAAACAGCAGGGGGCAGGCGCGGCAGUAAUGACUGGCAUUCCUCUAAUACCACUGGAAUCACCCGGAGCCUUGCGUGGGAUUCGUCGUUCGACAGGCAAAAAACGGAGUGUUGGUCAUCUUGAUCAAUCCAGAACAUCCCCUACCCCACAAAGUCCCACACGAGACGAAGGUCGCAGCAAGAGAGCACGGCAUAACUAUGAGCGACAGCCCAGACACAAGACCCGCGAUGACCAUUACGAGUACAAAGCGCCAUCAGCUGCAGGGUCUCGACCACACGCUUGCAAAGGCAGGGCCAAGAAUGGACGUGGCAGAAAGCAUACGUUGAACGAUUUCCAGGCUGUCAAUGUCACUGGAAAUAGAUUGACGAUUCCCAAUCAAGCCAAUUUGGGCAUCUUCAACAAGGGAAAGACGUCUUCAGCGGCUGAACACCCCACAAACCGACCUUCGAUUGAUAUCUCGAGAGAUGUUCACAGGAAGAGCCCUAAGAGGAACGCAGCAGAGUCUGACUUGGCUUUUUCCGAAAUGAACUUUUUAUCACGGAGAAAAAACAUCAGCCCGGAGCCAACGCUAGAGGCCCCUGAACAUACUCCGUGUGUGCAACAUGCGAAACGGAGUCAAUUGAAUACGUUGUUAUAUUCACAUUCAAAGGAUGUAUCGAAGAAUGCUUUGGUACAGGCCAGCAAAUCAUUUCUCGGCUUAAGGGAACAAGUCGACGUCUCUCCCACCUCACUGUCCUCGUUUGCCGUUGCAUCCCCAAACAAGAUCCCACUGGGCUCCAAGCACUCUUUAUGCGCCUCUCCAAGCAUUCGACUCGGAAAAGGUGAGGUGUCCGAGAACUCGUCCUCUCCUCCGUAUCCCUGGCCCGAAAGCAAAGCCCACGAUACCCUCAAUGACCUUCCUCUGCAACAAUACCUGCUCAAACUUCUGCAUACUGACUUGGACCCAAAAACUAUCUCUGGUGUUGCCUCUGAUAAACUCGCAACGUUCAGACAUUGGAGCCUCUCUGAGCUUUGGGUGCUUUUGGAAGAGCGAAAAGCAUCUUGGUCGACAGAGACUGACAACAAGCAACAAUCGUCGCCCAGACCCAAAUCAAGGGACGAAGGCUCUGUGGAACAAGCAUUACAUUCAUUUCCUAAAAUUAUUACACCACCCCAACUGGGGUUUGUUUGUGCUGAUACCAACGAGAGGCUUCAGGCGUAUCCAAAUCCAAGAGACGCACCUGAACCUUCCUGUGGAGUGCAUAGUGAUUCAUUUGAACUGCGACACUCAGUUCUCGAAGAGAAGAAGACUGACCAACAUCAAACACAAGAGCAAUAUGCCCUUGACUUUUCGUUGCAGGCUAUCGACGACCGCAAAACCUCGGAUGUCUUGAUGGAAAACCGCCUAAGCCUGCCUCUGGCUCUUGAGUUAACAAAUGAGCAUCUCUGUACGUUUUCACAGGAUGGCUUGUCAACGAAUGCGCCUGUUUUUGAUCUGGAUAAAUUGUACUGCGUCACAGAUGACGACUUGUUCUAUGAAACACUGGACGCCGCUUACUACUCCAUCCUCCACCCUGAAGCUGCAGGACAAGAAUUUGUCCCGGAUGAACUCGAGCUGCCCAUCCUCUUCGGCUCAUCAAGAUUCAAUGAACCUGUUGAUUUACUUGGUUCUCCCAAAUCAGCGCAACGUAGGAGCAGUGCGAUCCCUGUUCAAGUUGUGAAGACAGAUCAAAUACCUCAUCCACCCCUCGCUCAAAACAUCAAGCAGGACAGGGUUGGCACAGGACUCUUAGGAGUCAACCAUCGAGAUGAGCUGCCUCAAAAUGAUAGAGAUUUUGAUCAAAACCGAUUUUUGCCCUGGUUGACUGGGUACAACAUUCCACAAUCGCACGUCCCGACUUCGCGCACAUUGGACCGAGAUCAAGGCCCGGCUUUAUUUGGCUUUUGGCGGCAGAACAAAUUGUAUUAA